CUCAACUGACUCACUUCUCUGGAGGCACUAGAACAGUAAGGAUGUUCUCUUGCUUCAGGAGUUGUGGUGGCUCAGGCCACCCCAAACCAAAGCAUCCUGGCCGGUUCCAACGUGUGCUGCGAAGUAUUUAUGGAUACCUCUGUCCAUUUUCCCAUAGGGAAAAUGAGGAUAACAGGAAUCAGGAAGAUGACCCCAUAUUUGAUCCACAGAGCCCAACCUAUAUGAAAGACCUUAUCAAUCAUAUACCAAAAGCCAUUAAGGAUGAGAAUUACCUAUUUAUAUUUAUAGUAUUGGCUGUCUACCCUAAGUUUGUGACCACCUGGAAGAUGCUGGACUUAAUUAUGGACACGUAUGGACCUUUGCGGCCAGACUGUGUGGAGGAUCAGGAAAAAAAGACUGCCUUAUUAUCCUUCCUGUCGAUAUGGAGAAUAAAACACCCCCGGGACUUCAGUCGGUCUCCAGACCUUGCCGUGGCCAAGAGGCUCGUGAAAUAUCUAUGGCCCGAUGAGCCUGCAAAGGACCUCACUCUUCAAGGAGAGGAGCUGGAGGAGCAGGAGUGUAAAACGGGCGAGGAGGCCUGGGAUGAUGGACUCCUCAGGGAAAUAAAUCCAGAGGCACCCACGCAGGAUGCAUCAGGGAUGGUGGAGACUCUGCAUCUGGGACCAACUUCUGUGGCAGGGCCCCAGGAAUUUCUGAAAACCCAAGACGACACAGACCUGGCACCUGGGGAACCAACCGUGCCAGAAGCUGGACCAGUGCCACUUCAAACUUCAGAUCAGCCUCUGCCCACUGAUGCACAGCCACCUCUAGAAGUGGCUGCAGAUGUUCCAGAUGCUGGGCAGCUCUUUCUAGUUUCUGUUGUGCAGUGGGGUGUACCAGAGCCCGUUUUCCCUCUGCCUGAUGUUGACAUAUAGUGAGGUUGUUUAUUACCUGCUGAGUUCCACCCAGAACCAGCUGUCCUUCCCGUCUUUAGAGAAAGUAUCAUCUUUAAUUUUGUUUAAUUCUUAUUGUUGUUUUCAAAGUUUAUA